UAUACAGUACUAUAAAACAAAAUCACAAUUAAGUUAAUAAUAAUAACAACAAAAUCAAAACAAAUAACAAUUAUCGCAGUUAUUAUAAUCACACACUUGACAUCAUUAUCUAAAUAGUAUAAAUCAUUGGAUCAAUUAAAUACACAAAAACUAUAUGUAUGUGUGAUAUGUUAUUAGUGAUCAAUCGGUGCGCGCGCGACAACAACAGCAACAACACGUGCGCGGGUUUUAUCACCGAUAUUAACGAUGUCGUCGUCGUCGGCAUCGGCGGCGUCGUUGUUGUCCACAAAUAGUUGUUAUCAAGUGUUAGCACUGAUUGCCAGACUAUUACGCAAACGUAUAGUAUUGGCACUGAUAUUGACACUAUCGCUGACCUAUUGUCUCGUAUCGUUGUUCGGCCACAACAAGACCGCAGGCCAUACGUCGGCGGUUGUCGACGACGACUACGACGGCAACAGUUUGGACACCGACCGCUUGCAACACAUUAUUCGUCAGUCGCAACAUUUGUCGCCAGAUAUGGUCGCCGCCGGUGGCGAUGCCAACGGAUCGGCACUCAAAUCGGCUGCCGUCGACAUGAGUGAUAUCAACGACGACGGCACCAACGGUGGCGGUGCCAAUGGCGGCGGCGGAGGCGGCAAUGGUGUCCAUGUUGUUAGCCGUGUUUGUCGCAACUCAAUUCAAGGCAAAGCCUUGAUCUCCGAUGAACGCGGAUUUGUCUGCCAUCGUAAAGAUGUUCUCCUUAGCGGCUGUUGUGACGCCAGUAGUGCCACAACUCGGCGCUUCUCAUGUGAUACCUGUCAGACUAACGGCUGUUGCGCUGUCUAUGAGUAUUGUAUAUCGUGUUGUUUGGAGCCGUCAAAGAAACCGUUGUUGACCAAAAUGAUUAGCCAAAAACGGAGCGACACACUAAACAUACUGAUGGCCAGCAUUACCGAUCACUUUGAACUAUGUCUGACCCGAUGUCGUACCAGUUCGGCAUCUGUACAACACGAAAAUUCCUAUCGGGACCCGAAGGCCAAACAUUGUUUCGGCGAAAUGCACGAUACGGACGGUGGCGGCAAAGAUAUGUGA